GAAAUAGUUGGUGUUGUAUUGCAAACUAAACGUCUGUUAACAACAUCUGGAAUUCACCAUUAUGCUGCAGUAGCCAGUGGUAUGCCAUUACCAGUUUUCACUGGAGAAAAAACGGCUAUACUGUGUCCUGGUCAAGGUGCGCAAUAUGUUGGUAUGUUAAAAAAUUUAAACUCCGGCAUUGAAGAGCCUCUGCGCGAAAUAACUUCGGAAAUAUUGGGUUAUGAUUUGGUGAAUAUUUGUCAGAUGGGACCAAAAGAAGUUUUGGACAGGUUAGCAAAUUUGUAAAAGUAUUUUUUUCCGCGACUAAACGUUUAGAAUCCAAAGCUUUCUAGUGGAUUAACACUACGUAUGUAGUUUAGUAAAUUUAUCCUGAUUUUUUUUUUUAGUUGAAGUCAAACGUUUUUUAUUUAAAAAUCUACCGCACAGUUGUUUCAAAGGACGUUUCCGAGAUUUUCAAAAUGAUAGAAAACCCUACACUUUUGUUAUUAUUGGCCGUUGCAUUGCGAUAAAAAAAAAAUUAAUAAUAGUUACAAAAACAGUUGGGAUUAUUUUUAAAGAAGUCAAAUUUUUUAUAAUUGCUGACAAGGAAUAUUGUAUGUUUUUACUAUUUUAAUAUUUAGAACUUUAUAUACUCAACCUGCUGUGAUGGUAGCAUCAGUAUUGGGAUAUUACAAGCUGAAAGAAAGGUUGAGGCGGAAACAUGAUGUAGACAAUUUUAAUGUAAGCUUUCAAACUUUUUUUUUUUAUUUAUCAAAAAUUAAAUCUUUCAAAAUGUCUUCUAGAUUUAGCAAUGUAGCUUCUGAAUUUUUGCUAAACUUCAUUCCAAGGGUUCGUGCCUUCUAGCUGUCUUCUUUGUGUCUUAGAAAAGCUAAACUUUUUAUUUUUCUCCAUUUUUCAUUUCACUGAUAUUUUAAUCUUGUCACUAAAAAAUCAUUUUCUUAGUAAGCUCAGUAAUGUCUGAAAUUUCUUUGUAUGAUAGGUUGGUUUUGUAAUUGGGAAUAGCGUAGGGGAGGUUGCCGCGCUUUGUAUUGCAAAUUGGAUCACUUUCGAAGAAGGUAAACAUACGUUUUGAUAAAUAUCACAACAUUUUCAGUUUUUUUUUAUAGCAUUUAAUAAUAAUAAUAAUAAUAAUAAUAAUAAAAACAUGAUGCAAAAAUUAAAAAAAAUUCUCCUCUUUAAUUAAAUAGCAUUACACGUUAUAAAGGCUAGAACAGAAUCAAUGGACAAAGCUGUAAAGAUGGCGGAGUCUGGAAUGGUCGCUGUACAUGGCCUUGACUUUGAUGAACUGAAUCAACUGUGUUCAGAUUUAACGAAAGAAGCAGAAAAUCCAGAAAAACACAUUUCACUAGCAGUAGAGCGUUUCUAUAAAAGUGGCGCGUUAGGCGGUUCCAAUGAUUUGGUGGAAAAAGUAUUAAACCGGGAACAUGUUCUUCUGAAAAACCAAUCAAAGGUAAAAAUAUCAAAAAUGUUUAUGAGUGCGGCAUUCCAUACGCCGUACAUAAAUCCCGCAAUAGAAGAGUUUUACGACGCACUUUGUACCGUAAACAUCACUCCUAACGAUACUACGCUUAUUUCGAAUGUUACGGCAGAAAAGUAUACAAAUAAAAACGAGGUUGCGGAAUUAAUGGCACGUCAAAUUGCCGAACCUGUACGAUGGAAUACGAUCCUGAAUAAGUUACGCGGAAAGUACAACUCAGGUGCUGUGGAGAACAUAUUCGAAGUAGGAGCUGGUCGACAGUUGAAGAAAAUGUACGAAAAACUCGAUCGUGAUUUAUUUGGAAAGGUUGAAACGGUAGAUAUGUAACUUCCCGUAGUUCUUUCAUCUGUGGUUGCCAUAUUUGUUUAUAUCUUCCCCAGUCCUCUAGCUGCUCUUCUUA